AUGCAUUUGAAUAGUAAUACCGAUUCUCGCAGGUUUUUGGAAAAUAAUGGCUUUUCUGGAAAUGUUUAGCGUGAACCAGCUUAAAGAUAUGGUCCUCCUAUUAUUUGGGGAACUCCUGAUAAAACAGUUUUGCAAACAAAAGAUACAAAUAUUGAUUAUUAGUAAUAAUAUCAUCAUGGUAUUGAUCAUGGUGAUAUAAAAAAUAAUAAUCGUUCAAUAUCUCCUAUCUCAAAAUAAGCUAUGCAAGCUCCUUCAAGUCCAUAUACAUCUAAUUCACCUUUCAAAAAAAUUACAGGCAUAAAAAAGACUCCAAAUGGUAAACAAGCGUCUUUUCAUUAGCAUUAGAACAGUAAUUUAAGUGGUCAUGGUGCUAAUUAAAUCAACAAUAGUAAUUAUUAUAAUAAUUCACAAGAGACUACUCUUAACACUACCGAUGCUAGUUUCACUCAAUUUUUAAAUUAAACGGCUAACAGGUCUAUAUUAGCUGCAGAUUUAAGUAACAUAAGUUAGUAGUAAUAAAAUCCAUAGAGUUAACGAUAAACUCGUUAAGCUGCCUCUAUGCACUGCUAGGCAUAAAUGAAUUAUAAAUCUCCAUAAAAUACUCAUGCUUCAAAAGUAAUAUAAGGUGGAUUAGCUAAUAUUAAAGGAAAUUCUUAUACUACAUAAAGCAAAAGCAAUUAUACUCCUUACACACCUAAUUAUCAUUAAGCAAGCUAAAGCAGAUAGCACCACUCUGUUUAUGCCAGUCCUAUGACUGUUUAAAAUAAUAGCUAAUAUUUAAAUGACUCAUAAUAAAGUUAUAAUAGAAAUAAAAAUGGUUAAAUAAGGAAAGAAUAGCAAGGUGUUCAACUCUAUAAUAAUAUGGUCAACGAUUCAUCUAGCAAUCAUGGUAAUUCCUCCUAAAAUAGUGUUUAUUAAACAGACGAGUCAAAUGAAAAUAUCAGAUUAAACAGCAUGGCUAGUGCUAGAGGUCACAAUAAGAAUUUAAGCUGCUUUGCAUAAUAAUCUGUUUAUUAGUAAAAUAACCAUAAUAACUCAGUUAAUGAUAAUUUUACUACAAUAGCAACUAAACAAAUCAACUAGAUUGAAAACUUUUUCUCUAAUCCAAGAUCUUAUUCAAAUUUAAACUAAACACCAACUAGUAGUAAUAGUAAUAAUAAUUCUUCCUCUAUGACUCCAACCUACAAGUAGCAAAAUAACAGUGGUAUUAUUACUCCUCGUUAGCUGCCUAAACACACUCCUGACAAUUAAGAAAGAAUACUAAGCAACCUUAAUAGUUAAAUGAAUAAUAACAGACAUGCAAGCAGUUACAAUUUAAUGAAUAAUAACUUCAAUGCAAAUACUCCUACUAAUCAUAAGCAUUAAAAUAGUUGCUAUUAAAAUUUUGAGUUUUAUGGUAACAACUUAAGUAAUCCUUCGGCAUCUCCUUAACCCUAAAUAGGUUUAAAUGUAGAACAAUCUAUACCUUCAUAAAUUGGGCACUCUAAAAGUUAGAGCCUGCAUUAGUAAAGGUCAGCUUAAAGUAUAACAAGUGGAAGCAUAAAUUAAAGCAAUUUUCUAUAAAACAGUUCUUUUAUAAACCAUAUUAAUAAUAAAUAAUUUGAUAGCAAGAGCACUUUCAAUCCAUCUAGCAACUUUGGUAGCAUAGCUCAAAAUAAGAGCGGAUUCUUCAAUUCUUAAUCCAGUUUUCUCAACAGCAAUGGAGGCUUUUUGUCUCAAGCAGAAAGCCAAAGUGGUAACUAUCUUUAAGGAAUUUAAAAUAAUUCUUAAUAGUAAUACAUGCCUAACAGUGUUGUUUAAUUAAAUGCAAAUGCUACAAUAAAUGGAAUGUUAGGAUAACAAUAUUAGCAAGGAAAUGUUCUAAGCAAAGGACCUCAGUUAUAAAAAAUAAUUGAUGAUUUAAAAGAAAAUAUUGUUAAAGAUUUAGAAAGCCUUACAAACAAGCUGUACAAAGAAUCAGAGUAAAUUAUGAACAAUUCUUGCAACUAACCAGGCAUUAACAUUUACGAUAGUAUUCAAAAUGCUCCUAUAAAAUUAGCUGAAUUUAACAUUGGUGAUGAUAAAAAAAUUCGUUUCAGUUUUUCUGGAAAAGAAGUUAUCACUUAAAUAACCUCUACCAACAUGAAACUCAAAAAAGAUAUUAAAGAAAAUAAUGAAGAUGUUAUUUCUACUUAUAAAACACCUUUGAAUUCCUCUUAAUUCCUAUCACCUUAGUAGCAAUAGCUUCUUACUGAAUAAAUUAUAAACAGUGGAUUUGGAUAAAUGGGCAUUCAUCACACUCCCAAAAAUUCUAGUAAAGCUAACGACAGUUCAACCGCUCUUCACACUUUUAGUAGCCCUUAGUCUGUUGACGAAUCUUAAACAUCUGUUUCAUAAAAGAAAGCAAUAAAUACUGCUCCUACUCUCUCUCCUAACAAUAUAAAGCGCCCUAAUAUUUUCAAAAACCCCUCUAAACUCUUCGAGAAAGGCUAAAAAGAAAAUAAGAAUGGAAAUUCAUUUUAGAGCAGCAUAAAUGGAGAAAAAGAAGAAACUCCUAGCAAUAGGAAUGAUACAAGCACAUAAAAUAACUCUAAGAUUUAUAACUUUGAAGAGAGUGUUAGAAUAACCUAUGCUCAAUAGUCAUAAGGAGAAGAAAAGCUAUUUGAAGAAUUUUUCAAGAAUAAUGAGUCCUAAGAAUCUAAAUAAUCUAACGUUUGUUUGAAUGUAGAUCAAAAUUCAGCUCUGACAAUGAUCCCAGAACCUGAAAAUAAAUUUAAACAUGCAACUUAUAAAGCUUCUGCAUAAAAUCAAAACAAUAACAACUCAGCUUAAAAUUAGCAAAAAGAAUUUAUCUAAUUUAUAAAACCAGUAAUUGCAAAUGAAAAGAAUGAAAAGCAAACGAUUAAAGACGAUAAAUAAUUAGAAACAAAUAAUAAGAUUGUUACUCCUAUUCAAGUUGACAAGAACAAUAAAGAGUUAUAAAAGUAAAAUGAUCAAAAUUCUGCUAGCACCCCUUAGAAGAAAGAAUAAAAACUUAACACAGAAGAAAGUGAAAAUGCUCCAGGAAAGUAAACACCUUGUUUUUAGAGCUCAAAAAGCAAACGCUCUAACAAAAAUAACAUACAGCAAAAGACAUCAAGUGAUGAGAAAAAUGGCUCUUAGCAUUUAACUCCUUUCUGCUUAAAGUUUGAUAACAUAAAUAAAACUCUUAAAUCAUCUACGUCAUCAGGUAGUGAGUUAAAUACUCUUGAUUAGAAAGACUCGAAUUCAUAAAUGUAACUAUCUAGCAAGAAUGCUUUGAUUAUAAGCAAUAUUUAAUCAGAAGAAUAGUAUGAAAGCGAGUUACAAAGUCUUACUCAAAACUUAUCCAUUUAGAAUAAGAAUGAUAAUCUUAGUGAUUAAGAUGAUGUUGUUCUUCGAACUGAUAACACUGAUUAGCUCAGUGAAGGUUCUCCUAAGCUUCCUAUUUAUUGCUCGAAUAAAAAGUCAAAUAAAAAAGAUCACAACAAUAGCUCUAAAAAUAAAAUACCUCUAGGCUAAUUAUAAAACUAGUUAGAGCAUAUUCACGAAAAAGAGUGUGAAAGUGGAAAUUCAACCCCUAAUGCAUAAAUUUCUUAAAAUUAAUCAAAUGUCUAUUCAGAUUAAGAUGAAAAGAAAAAGAAAAGUCAAUUUUAAGAGUAUUUGCAUUCUGGAAGUUCUAAAAUCAUUCUAAAAGAAGAUCAACAUAAUUAAAUGAAAAACAGCUAAACUAGUGCUACUAACUCUUAAAUAAAUUCAAAUAAUUCUCUUAAUUAAAAGCAAAUUGAAAACAUCCACUACAAUAGCAACAAUAAUAAUUCUCCUUUAUUGUAAGUGCCUAGCUCUAAGAUGGAGUAGUCUAUGGUCUAGGAUCAUUGUUCUUACAGAGGUAGUGCAAAAUCUAAUCACUCAUCUUCAAGCUCAUCUGCUUAAAACAGAUAUCAAGAUUCAGCAGUUUCUUCUCGUAAACAAUCAUUUGUAGAAAACGCUAAUGACUCUUCUUACUUAAACAACUCUAAUAUUCAUAUUAAUACUGCAAUCAAUAAUAAUAACAACAACAACAGCUUUGUUUCUACUCCUGGUUCAAAUUUAAAAUCUUCUAGAUACUAGCAAAAUAUGUUUAACACCCCUAACAAUAAUAAUUUGAAUAACACAAGCUUAAGAAGUAAAAAAAUAGAUGAAUAUUCUCAAGGAAAAAACUAGAAUACAUUUAAUAUUAACUCAAACAAUGUAUCAUCUUUGAGCAAUAACUAGCACACAAGCUCAGCCUCAAAUCUGCUUAAUGGUACAAACAUUCGUUUUAGUACUUAUCUUAAGUAAUUUGAAGAAACAAAAAGUCAAUAAACCCAAAACUAAGGCCUAGUUUUUGAUAAUAAAAACUUCAAUAGCAACAUAAGCAGCAACAACACAAGCUAUACUAGCUCCUAAACUCCUAAUAACUUGAAUAUUAGCAAUUACUCUAGCUAACCUCGCAAUUAAUAAUUGUAAAUAACUUCUCCUGUAAGUAACACUAAUAUAACUCCAAGAUAGCCCUUGUUUAAGAAUAAAAGCAACCUCACACUCUUCUAAGAGUAUGAAGCUAAGAUGAAAACUCCUACUAAGUAGACUGAGGCUGAUUUAAAUGUUUCACAAAACAGUGUAGUAAGUGGCAAAAAUAAUAUAUAGUAAGUACUUUCUAAACCAAACACUCCUUCUCAAUCUAAAAUAGCUUUGAAUAAUGCCCAAAUGAAUAAGCUUCAAGAAGUAAAAUAAAAGUAAUUAGAAGGUAAUGAGGAUGAAGUCCAUACAAGUAGAGAAAAUCCACUCGAGUAGAUUCGCGAAAAUACAAACAACACACAAGAAAAUGAAGACUCCCAUUUCUCAGCUUUCCAGAAUCCUCCCUCUAAUCGUCCAAGUGCGAGCAAAAAAUUGUCAUUUUUGGAUAACCACAAUAAUAGCUUACAUAAACACCCUUUAUCAAAUACUGAACCAAAGAAAGAAGCACCUAAAACUUUAGUUAUAGAUAGCGCUCUAGACUAGUCUUCAUAGCAAAACUUCUAUAAUAGAACAACACCAACUCAAGAUAAAUUUGUUAUUAAUAAAGAUUUGUAUUACGUACCACUUGCACAUGAAACUCAGAGUCAUCAAAAGGAUGCUGAUAAAAAAGGUGCAUAAAAUAAUGAAAAAGAGGAAAACUCUUCAGUAUCAAGCUUUAAAUAAAAUACCUAACCUACAUCAUCAACAUUUUAUCUAUCUUCAAGAUCCAACUUUUAUGAAAGCACUCAAAAAUUAAUCGAAGAUAGCGUUAUCAUCCAAAAUAAGAAAAAUGACUUGAGCAAUGGCAAUAUUUCUAAAUACAGUUACAGCAGCAGUCACUCAAAAUCAAGUAACAACAACUCAAACAAUAAAAAUAUUAGUGAUUAGGAUGAAAAAAGAUCUGAAAACAACAGUCGUAUUUUGAGAAAUCCUAUUGAUGAUGAUGACGAUGCCAUCCUCAAUAUUGGAGAAAAUUUAGAGAGUAAUCAAUUAAUUAGCAAUAACAAAGAAAUUCCUAGCUCUCAAGUAAACUCCACUCCUGAAAAAAUUAAAAAGAAUUCCCCUAAUCAGCAGUAAGCAGAUCCCAAUUCUAUAAAACCUAAUCCUCAACAAACAAAGGAAUCUUAAAACGAAAAUACUUACAUAAGUAAUUUCGAAAGCUAAACAAUAAUCAGUGAGAUUCAAGAUAAAAAGAAAUAAAUUUCAAGCGAAGAAGAUACUCCUUCAUCUACUGUACUUUUUAAUGAUAAUUCUGAAUCAUCUCAAAAGAAAAGACAGCAAUUUACAUUUAACAUUAAAAAUGAAUCAAAUACUGAAGAUAUUGGCAUCUGUAGAAACCUAAAAUAAGAAAUUGAUACUGAUUAUCAGUUUUAGGAAUUCGGUAGCAAACGCUCAAGUUAGGAAGAAGAAAGUGCAAGUGAAUAGACAUCAUCAGAUUUGAUUAUCGGAGAAAGUAAAUAAGCAUAAUAGUAGACUUCAUCAUUAUUGCAUUCUCAAACAACUCCAAACAUUUAAUUGUGCAAAAAUACAAGUAUUGAUAUUGAAAUACAAAAUAAAAACUCAUAUCCUAUGAAAGAAUUCACUUUCUCAGCUAACUCAUCAACUUCUAUUAAUAAUGAAGCUCAUACAAACAACUCAUUUUCCAAAUCUCAAAGCCAUCAACAACUUUCUAAAGUAAUAUCUUCUAGUAUUUAGGUAGAAGAUGAGGACGGGUGUGAAAUAACUGUUAGCAUCGUUUCUCAUAAAAGAUCUUCUAUCAAUUAAUCCAAAACUAUUUUAAAGAAAUCACUUAUGGGCUCUCCAACAAGUUCAGCUUUAGCAAAAGCUAGCUCUGUAAAGAAAUCUCAAAGAAGAAUCUCAUUUAAAGAUAAAAUUGAAGAAGUUUAUAACUUUGAACCAGAAGAUAGAUCAACGUCAAGAAGUCCAAUUUCUAGUAAGUUACCUCGUAGUUAGUUAAGAGUUAACUUAAAGAAAGAGCCUUACUUUGACUCAAUCAAAAAAUUCCCUAAUAUCCAAAAAGAUCCCACAUAUUAUUAACAAUAUAAGAAUAAAAAUGCAUCCAACACAAGUUGGACACUUGAAGAAAAAUCAAAUUAGAAUGAAACAUCAUUGAAUAGUGAUAAUUCUAGUUUGAAAAAUAAAAAUACCACCUCAUAAGAAGAAAGUAAACCUCCAUCAUAUUUAAUUUAAAGAAGAGAGAGUAGUGGUUAACUUAAUAACAUAGACGAAUUUGGAAAUUCAAGAUCCUUUAGACCUCUUUGCUUUACUCCAGGCGGAAGCAACUCUUCCAAGAAGCAAACAAAAAUUACCUUCUUAGAAUAUUCAAAGAUUAACAAAAUUGGCGAAAAUAAAUGA